AUGAAUAUCAUCAAAACAAACAAGGCUUGUGCUGCUUGCAAGUAUCAAAGAAGAAAGUGCUCUAAAGAUUGCCCUUUAGCUCCUUAUUUUCCGGCCGAUAAGCCAAAAAUGUUCGGCAAUGCUCAUCGUUUGUAUGGCGUGUCAAACAUAUUGAAGAUACUAAAGGAAAUUGACGAUGAUAAAAAGGACGAUGCAAUGAAAUCAAUUAUCUUUGAGUCGGAUAUUCGCGCAAAAUUUCGGGUUGAUGGAUGUUUUGGUGUUAUUAAGCACUAUGAAGGUUUGUUAAAAGAGUCUAUUAAAGAGUUGGAUCAUGUAGAAAAGUUACUAAAUUAUUGUAAGCUAAAUUAUCCUCUACAACAACAAAAUCUUCAUUCUACAGUUGCUAAUUAUCAAACUCCAAAUAUUCCAAUAUUUAACAAUAUUGGUGAUGUUUCUAAUUAUUAUCACAAUAGUGAAAAUAAUAAUCAUGAUACAAUGAUGAGAGCUUCUUCUUCUUCUUAUAUUAAUAUACAUCAUGAUGUUAACAAUAGUGGUGGUGACAAUGUCAUGGAAGACAAUUAUGAUGAAGAAUUGAAGCUUGAUGGUGGUGCUGAUGCACAAAUUAGUACUAAUUUUGAUUUGAAGCAAAAAGAAAGAUUAUUAGAUGGUGAUAAAUUAGCCAUUUCGGAUUAUGAACUUAAUAUGUUUAUUUAUGGUAGACAACCAUUUGUGCAAAAGGAUGCAGCUGAAUUCAGCAGUGUGGAAUCAAACCAAUCCCAGAAUGAUCAGUUGAAGAACUUGACGCAUAUGGAAACGAGCACUCCAUCUGAAGUGAGCAAAUAG